CUUUAGUUAUUCAUAGAAAUAGUGUUAUCAAUUUUAUGUAUUUUAUUGCGUGAAUUUAAAGCUUUUAAAAAUAACAAUGCCUCAGAGUGCUCGUCGUCAUUCCAGUAUUUCAAUAGGUGGACGACGUUUAAGUGGGCAACGCGUUCAUCCUGAGAGCUCCCAACUUACAGUGUUAAAAGAAGAAACCCAUACAGGUGAUCAUUUUCUUACACCGGCUCAGUUGGAAGCUGUAUUCAGGACUAACCUAAACACUGGCCUUACUGAAGAGUUUGCCAAUGAGUUAUUGGCAGCCCAUGGCGAAAAUAGAUUGAAGAAACUGAAAGGAAAUAGUUAUUGGAAAAUUUUCCGUCAUAACUUAUUUGGAUGGUUUCAGUGUGUUCUUUGGUUUGGAGCUGUUUUAAAUUUCGUUGGAUAUUUCCUGGCUAUACAUGAUAGUAGUGGUGAAGAUGGACAUUCUGAAAAGGAAUACUUAUACUUAGGUUGCGUCAUUAUAGCUACUAUUGUUGGUACUGGCCUUUUUGGAUUUUAUCAAGAAGCAAAAAACAUGGCUGUAAUGAGUGGAUUCGAGAAAAUGGUACCACCAAAUGCUACUGUUAUAAGAGAUGGUAUAAAAAAAUCCAUACCAAAUAAUCACAUAGUACUGGGAGAUAUUGUGGAGAUGCAAGCUGGAGAAAUCGUUCCGGCGGAUGUAAGAAUUUUAACUUGCUCUAAUUUCAAAACAGACAUGGCGUCUUUAACAGGGGAAUCAGAACCUAUUAUACACAGCCCAGAGUGCACCAACGCUAACCCAUUAGAAUCCAAAAAUAUGGUAUUCUUCGGGUGUCCUAUAACCGAAGGUAGUGCAAAAGGAAUCGUAAUAGCUACAGGUGAGCUAACAGAAAUAGGGAAAAUAGCUGGCUUAGUAACUGGCUUAGAGAAGGAAGAAACCCCGAUAGCUAAAGAAAUAACUCAUUUUAUUAAGAUUAUUUGCGGAGUGGCUUUUACUUUUGGUAUACUUUUCUUUAUAAUGGUGUAUGUGACACAAAAAAAUUGGCUAUCAGCAUUACAAUAUAUGCUCGGUAUUGUAUUGGCUAAUGUCCCCGAAGGUCUUAUUGUAACGUUGACAAUAUGUAUGACGCUAUCAGCUAAUCAAUUAAAAAAAAAGAACUGCCUUGCAAAAACUCUACAAGCUGUAGAAACGUUAGGUUCUACCUCUUGCAUAUGUUCGGAUAAAACUGGUACUCUUACAGAGAAUCAAAUGAAGGUUUCACAUUUAUUUUGCGACUAUACUAUUUACGAUAAAACAGAUCAUACACACGUUUCUGAUCAUGCGUAUGCAACAUUGAGCUUGGCUGCAUCCCUCAAUUUAAAAGCUACAUUUGCUUUUGACACGCUACAUUUACCUAUUGAGAAACGGAAAAUUCUUGGCGAUGCAUCAGAAUCUGCGAUUUUGAGAUAUAUGGAAAUUAAUCGAUCUGCUACAAAAACUAGACAAGAUAACCCAAAAGAAGCUGAAAUACCUUUUAGUUCAGCUUAUAAAUACCAAGUUACAAUACAUAAAAUGCACGCCACCCACAGUUACUAUUUAAUAAUGAAGGGUGCGCCAGAAAUCGUGAUAGAAUUUUGUACCAAAGUGCUUACCGAUGAAGAGGAUCAGCCAAUGACACCACAAGCAAAAAAAGAACUUAAGGAAAAUUUUAUAAAGCUGGCUAAUAUGGGUGAACGUGUGAUUGGCUAUUGUGACUAUCAGUUUCCUCUGGCACAAUAUCCAAUUGGUUUUAAGUUCGACACACAAGAACGUAAUUUUCCACUUGAAAAUCUGAGAUUUGUGGGCGCUAUUUCUAUGAUUGAUCCGCCUAGACAAGAUAUUGAUAAAUCUAUUGCCCUCUGCCGUCAAGCAGGCAUUCGAGUAAUAAUGGUAACUGGUGAUCAUCCAGUAACAGCAUUAGCGAUAUCAAAGGCCUGUGGUACUAUAACACAUCCUACUGCAUAUGACUAUGCUUUUGAACAUCACAUAGAACUUUCCGACGUACCACCUCAUAUAAAGCAGCAGUUCCGUUCAGCUGUCAUUACCGGUGAUGAAUUACGGAAAAUGAGCAUACACGAAUUAAAGGCAUGUCAAAAGAGAUAUGAUGAAAUUACAUUUGCUAGAACCAGCCCUCAACAAAAACUAGCCAUUGUGGAAUGUUAUCAAUCCUUAGGCCACGUUGUUGCCGUCACGGGAGACGGUGUUAAUGAUUCUCCCGCUUUGAAGAAGGCCGACAUUGGAAUUGCAAUGGGAAUUACCGGUACUGAAGUUUCAAAACAGGCUGCCGAUAUGAUCCUACUAGAUGAUAAUUUUGCCUCCAUAGUCCUGGGAAUACAGGAAGGCAGGCGUAUUUUUGAUAAUUUAAAAAAAACAAUAGCGUAUACACUCACGUCUAAUACACCUCAAAUGCUACCGUUUGUUCUCUAUGCCUGUUUCGAAGUGCCUUUGCCUAUGACUCUUAUUUUGAUAUUAGUCAUUAACGUUGGAACAGAUUUGUUACCUGCAGUGAGCCUUGCCUAUGAAACUUCAGAAUCUGACAUAAUGAACCUUCCACCCCGUAAACCUACAGAACACCUCGUCAACAGAGUACUGAUAUUUAUGGCAUAUUUUCAAAUUGGAUUAAUUCAGUUUUGUGCUGGAAUGUUUUGCUACUUCGUAGUAUUUGCACAAAGUGGUUUUUUCCCCUCUAGUUUAUUUUUUGUUCGCAAGGAAUGGGAGUCCGCCACGACAACUGUGAAGGACACUAUAGGUCGUACUUGGUAUUAUGCAGAUCGUAUGAGAUUGGAAAAAAAGGCGCAAACUGCUUACUUUGUUGCUGUGUGCUGGACGCAAGUCUCUGAUGUAAUUAUAUGUAAAACACGCCGAGUUUCUUUGCUCCAAAAAGGAAUGAAAAAUCACGUUUUGAAUGUAAGUAUUCUUGUUGAUUUUAUAGCCGCGUUGUUGGUCACUUACCUUCCUAUAUGUCAAGAGGUGUUCGGUACCGAACCAAUAGCCUGGUAUGACUUUUUGUUAUCAAUACCAUUUUUCAUUCUGAUGAUUCUUGGUGAUGAAUUAAGAAGAUAUUUGAUUAGACGUGCGUAUUCGAAAUGGUUAGAACAGGAAACUUAUUACUAA